AUGUGCUGGCACGAAUCAUCACUUGUAAAGGAUAUCAUUAAAGAUAUUUUGAACAAAUUGAAUGAUGAGUUCUCAGAAGUUGACAACAAGAACCUAGUUGGAUUGGAUUCAAAGAUUGAGAAAAUUGAAAACUUAUUAUGUACGGCUGGUGUUUUUAAGCUAGGAAUUUGGGGCUAUGAUGGUAUAGGUAAGACAACUCUAGCUGGCACUGUAUUCAAAAAAAUCUCUAAACAGUUUGAAGCUUCUUACUUCAUUCGAGAUAUUAGAGAAGAAUCAGAAAAAAGCGGGAGAUUAAAUGACUUACGCCAAAGAUUUAGUUCUGCAAUUUUAGGGGAUAAACAUUUCAAUAAUGGAUUCACCUUGAAAAGGAAAAAACUUGCACGUGUUCUUCUUGUGUUUGAUGAUGUGACAAAAUUAGAACAAAUAGAAUAUUUAAUGGAAGAUUUUGACUACUUGGACUCAGAUAGUCGAAUAAUCAUAACGACAAGGAAUAAACAUGUUCUAAAAGAAUGUGGAGUGGAUCCCAAACACAUAAUUGAGAUGGAAGGAUUAUCUAGAAAUGAAGCUUUUCAACUCUUUAGCCAAUAUGCCUUUCGUGGAAACAGUCCAGCAGAAGAUUUUUCUGAGCUAUCAUCAAGGGCAGUAGCAUAUGCUAAAGGUGUUCCUCUUGCUCUUAAAGUGUUAGGUUCCCAUCUAUUUAGAAGGACAAAAAAACAUUGGGAAAGUUAUCUGGAAAAUUUGGAAAGAGCUCCUCUCAUUCAUAUCCAUCAAGUAUUAAAAGUAAGUUAUGAUAUGCUAAAUUAUGAACAACAGCAAGUAUUUUUGGAUAUUGCAUGUUUCUUGAAAGGGUGUGAAAGAGAUCUUAUACAAGUACUCUUGGAUCCCCGUGGCAACACCUCACAUCAUAAUAUAAAUGUUCUCAUUGAAAUGUCUCUCAUAACUACCUCAUCCAACAUCAUGACAACCUCACCACCCAACGUCAUAAUUAUAACAAUGCAUGAUCUACUUCAAGAAAUGGGUAGAGCAAUUGUUCGCCAUGAUUCAGGUAAUUAUCCUGGCAAACGUAGUAGCUUGUGGGAUCCUGAGGAUAUCUGCUCAGGGACAGGAACUGUUCGAAGCAUAAGUUUGGAUAUGUCUAAAGCAGGAAAGAUACAUUUAGAACCUGAAGCUUUCAAUGAGAUGCAUAACCUAAGGUUCUUGGAAGCCUAUGGCUUCACGCGUGGUGUCAGGGUAUAUGGUUUUGAAGACCUUAAAUCUAAUUUCUCUGAGCUAAGGUACCUUAGUUGGUUUAAUUAUCCUGCCAAAUCAUUGCCACCAAAUUUUGAUCCAGAGAACCUUGUUGCACUCUACAUGACAUAUAGCGAAGUUAAACGACUUUGGACUUGUGACAAGAAUCUUAACAAUUUCAAACAUAUUGACCUCAGUCACUCCCAGAAUCUACUGAAAAUGCCAAAUCCCUCAUUUUGUCCAAAUCUUGAGAGCCUGAUUCUACAAGGUUGUACAAAAUUGUAUGUGGAUUUCUCAUCUAUCCGUGAUCUCAAUAAGCUUGUCCUCUUGAGUCUAAGAGAAUGUAAAAGCUUUCAAAGUCUUCCAAUCAACCCUGGUUAGAGAUCUCUUCGAAAACUUAUUCUCUCCAAGUGUUCAAAUCUCAAAACAGUUCCAUAUAUCCCCGAUACAGUAGAAGAGUUAUUUUUAGAUGGAACUGCAAUAAAAGAAUUGUCGUCAUUAAAGCAUCUUUCCAGCUUAAAAAUAUUGAGUCUUGAAAAUUGCUCAAAGCUGGAGAGUCUCCCAGAGAACAUUGGUGAGUCAGAAAAUCUUCGAAUAGUUAUUCUCUCCAAUUGUUCAAAGAUCAAAACAGUUCCAUGCAUCCCUAGUAGUGUAGAAGAAUUAUAUUUGGAUGGAACUGCAAUCAAAGAAUUGCCGCCAUUAGAGCAUCUGUCUACGCUAGUAACAUUGAGUCUUAAAAAUUGUUUAAGACUAGAGAGUCUCCCAGAGAGCAUUUGUGAGGUUAAAUCUCUUCAAUGUCUUUAUCUUUUAGGUUCUUCAAAACUUGACAGCUUGCCUAACGGCCUGAAAAAUUUAGAAGCACUGGAGGAACUUGAAGUGGAGGGAAUUGGUAUAAGAGAUAUAUCGUCAUUGACUUUAACAUGUUUGAACAACCUUAAGAUAUUAUCUUUCCAGAGAUGUGGGCUUCAGAAGCCACCGGUUUCCCUACUGUUACAGUUACCGGCCUGCCACAAACUAGAGCAGCUAAAUCUGGAAGACUGUUGUAUCGAAGUGUUACCCAAAAAUUUUAGCGAAUUACGCUCACUGAGAUUUUUGUAUCUUGGCAGAAACAAUUUUGAGAGUCUGCCAGAGGGUAUCAAAGACCUGACUAAAUUGUAA